CGAGAGAGUUUUUGGUUUGACAUUGUAUUGUAUUUUAUUGCUAAUAAAUUUAAUUGAAGCACUAGAAAUUUCGUAAAAUUCAUCACAGUUAAUUUGUAUCGCAAGAAAAAUAAAAAUUUUUAAACUUUUUUAAGGAAAUUUUAGAAAAUAUAUAAAAAACGGAAAAUACUAAUAAUUUUUGUAGUGAAAUAUAAAAAAAAAGUUAUAUAAAUAUGACAUCGAAUUUUUCAUACAAGCAGCAAUUUGAGCGUUUCGCUCAAAAUAUGGGAAGAAAAUUUGAGCCAGAAAUUCGUUACCACUUGGCCAAAACGUACUUGUGUUUAGGUGGGACGACAGCUACAGCAACACUUGGAUCGUUGCUUCAUCUCUCAGGAUGGCUAGAAUUGGGUUUUUUAACUGGAAUUGGUUCAAUUUUAUUGGUUUUGGGCUUAAUAUUUAUGGAGGAUAACGGAAAAAAUUUCUACACAAGACUUGGUAUGCUGCUUGGGUUUGGAUUUUGCUCUGGACAAACUUUAGGUCCAUUUUUACAAUACAUAAGGAUAUUAAAUCCAGCUAUAAUUGUUACCGCUUUGACAGGAACUAGUAUUGUUUUUGUUACGUUAACUUUAGCUGCAUUAUUAGCUGAACGUGGUAGUUAUUUGUUUUUGGGUGGAAUAUUAAUCAGUGUACUAAACACAAUGGCUUUAAUUAGUCUAUUCAACAUGUUCAUGGGUUCAUAUUUUAUAGCUCAAACACAGUUAUAUAUUGGUUUGGGUGUAAUGUCGACUUUCAUAUUGUACGAUACUCAAGCAAUUAUUGAAAAAGCUAGAAUGGGAAGUAGAGAUUACAUCAGACAUUCAUUAGAUUUAUUCUUCGAUGUUCUUUCAAUCUUCAGAAAACUCCUUAUCAUACUCGCCCAAAAGGAGGAAAAUGAACGUCAAAAUAAGAAGAGAAAUUAAAUACGUAGUAAAUAUUCAUAUAUGUAUGUAUGCAUAUUUAUAUACUAUAUAUUUAUUAAUGUAAGGUAAAUCGGGAACCUCCGGUUAAUAUGGUUUUAUCAAGCUCAGUCAAUGCUUUUCAAUUUUUUUAUAAUCUAUAAAUGUAUUUUCAUAAGACUAGAAUUUUUAAAAAAGAAAGGAAAAUAUUCAAAACAUUGAAAUCGAUGUAAUGUUUUAGGAAAUAAAAAUUGGUUGUAGUUACCAUUUAAUUAAACAAUUUAUUUACAUAUGAAACUUUAAAAAUUGUAUAAAGAUUUAGAAGAACUGAAAUAAAAUUAUUAAAUUAA